AUGGGUUCUCCUAGUCCACGAGUGUGGUUACCAAGACGACAUUACUUCGAGGUUGCUGAUCAACCAUGGUUUCCUCAGUUCCUGAGAGAAAAGGUGCAAGACUACCUUACCCUGGGCUGGAUCAACAAAUUCCCAAUCAUCCAGCCUACCUGUCCAGCUGCGCUUGUAGCCCGCAUCCUAUCCACCAUUCUCGGCCCUCGAGUUUCUGAAUAUGUCUAUGUCGAUUUCGCAUCUGGCGCAGGUGGUCCCACACCAUACAUUGAAGGCUUCCUGAAUGCAGAACUCCGUGAGCAGGGCGAGAAAGAUGUUCAAUUUGUCCUCACCGACAUCAGCCCCCAUGUGUCUGCGUGGACAGCUAUCACGAAGAAGAGCGAGAAUAUCAGCUAUGUGAGUCAGAGUGUGGAUGCAACAAAUGCCCCAAGCACCGAGACAUUACUCAAGGGCAUACCUGGUACAAAGAAUAAGAAGGUCAUGAGACUGUUUAGUCUGGCAUUCCACCACUUCGACGAUGAUCUGGCGGCGAAAGUUCUAGAAAACACAACCGAGACAUCAGACGGAUUCUGGUGA